AUGAACUCUCUUUGGUCUCCCCCCAACAUCAACGAGGAAGAAGAGGAGAUUACUGUUCCUAAUCCCAACUCUGUUCCUGCUGAUUCCCCAAUGACUGAUAUAUCAGGUACUGCUUUUGAUCCUUUUCGAUCGCAGAUGUUGCUCUCCACUAGGACCUCUUUGGCUGCUCCUGAUGGUCCCAUGUAUCCAUUUGACGUCUUGGCUGAAGCAGGUGCCAUGGAAGGUGGAGACAAGAAGAACGAUGACGAUGAUGAGGAUGAUGAUGAUGAUGACCCAUUCGAUGACCCAAAGAAGAACAACGGAGAUGAUGACGCUGGGAGUGAGUCUCCCAGCAACCUUGACUUCUCCAUUUCCAGUAUGGAUAUUGAACGUGGUAUCCAUAAUAGUGCCAUACAAUAUGUGGCUUUUGAGGCCAUGUACAGCGCUGCAUACGACGUUGUGUAUGGUGCCUGUAUGUGGCCUAGGCUCCUACUCAGCUACUGCCUAGGCAUGUUUGGCUUGAUGCGUAAGAAAAACAAUGACGCUGAUGGACCACUGCCACCGGAAGACAACAACCACGUGCAAGACAUGGCUCUAGCAGCUUCCCAAUCAGCAGCCAUUGGAAUAGGAGCAGGAGUUAUGGCAAGUCAGUCGGCUGCUGCUGGAGCUGGGGCAUCCUCCAUGACAGCAGCUGUCUCGACCCUUUCCACGCCUACCAAGAUUGGCAUCAUUGUGACGGCGGCCAUUACAGUGGCUGCUACUACUGCGGGAAUUGCCGCAGGAAUCAGUGGCGACAGCGACAACAUUGUUGGCCCCUGCGCUGGUAGGAUUGAAGCCACUGACGUCAAGCAAGGUGUGGUGCAAAUCGCCUUUUCUUCAUCAUACAUUAGCAGCACCGUUGACACACCUGCCACCGGCGAAUUGCUCUUACAGAACAAAAAUGAAUUGGAAGAUACUUUUGCCCAAGUCUACAACAAUGUCACUGCGAAUUCUACUAACGGUGGCCUCGUUGAUCCAUGUGAUAUUCCCCGCAUCCCAACUGGUGGUGUCCAGCUGAUGCAGGUUGAGUCUUCUGAAGGGGACAAUUUUACCAAUACCUUUUGGGUUGCCGAUGUUCAUUGCAAUGGAUGCACCGACACAGACCCACUUUUUGGAACCAACACAGAAGGUAGUCCCGAACUUGAUCUUGCGGGGACUGUUGUUGAUGAUUUUGUCGACCAGUUUACUCAAGCUAUACAACCCAUUCUGACUACAAAUGAUCCAACACAAGAAACUGACCCAAUGACCAGCCCACCACAGCCGGAACAACAAGAUCCACCCAAAGAUGUUUUGUUUGUGGCGCUGGUGGAUCCUAUGACAGGAGAGAGACUCCCAGAACAGCCUCAACAGAUGGGACCUGGUGAUAUGAUUGAGGCGAUUCCAAGUUUAGACACAGUUUGGAAUGAAAACACAAUUGAUGCGGAACAAGACAGACUAGUACCAGGUUCUCCUUCUUCGGCUGUUGCAUCUGCUCCAACAACCACCACCAACACAGGGCCGCCUACUGCUACAGAUGCUAAUCUUCCUACCGCAACUACCAGCACAGAGUCAAAGCCUACCCCAACUGCAGCUGCACCCACAAACACUGGAAUCACGGAAUCAAGUUCCAACAAUGAGAUGCCCAAUGUCCCACCAGCAGCAGGAAGUGGAGUAUCCAAUCAGGGAGCCACUAUUGGUCCAACUGUUGUUUCUGGCCAAGCCAGUUCUGUUGCCACCAACCCCAUUGUUACCAAACAACCAAGCGGUAAUGCUGGCACUUUUGCUCCAGCAGCAACAAGUCCAUCAUUCUCAAUGGCCAAUAAAGAUCAAGUUACAACCAAUGACAACCAGCAGCAAGAACCAGGGCCAACCUACAAGCCAAAAUCAUUAGCACCAGCUACAUCAAAUAUCAACCUCAUGUUGCCAUCCUUUGUGAUCUCGGUACCAACAUCAACAUCAGCCAAUGGCAAUACAUCACCAAGUGUGGCUCAGCCAAUGACCCCUUUUAAUGUGGACCAGACCAACACCCAACCCACAGCAAGCGUUCCAGCCCCUAAUCCUAAUCGUCCCACUGAUGUUACCGUUCCCCAGGCACCAAAACAGGCUCCAUCACCUGCAGGCAUUCCAAACAUAGGCCCAGUCAGCCCGAAUGCUAAGAUGCCAACAACAGAGCUAACAACCAGUUCUCCAGCAACCCUUGGAACACCCACAAAAGAUACGCUGACAAUGGUUCCAACAAGCGAGAGGAUGCUAUCACCAGAGACAUGUGCUGGUAUGCAAAUGUUUGCAGGGCCCCGUGCUUCAUCAGGAGUUUGCAACAACAUCAAUAAAGGUGGUGGCAAUGAUCCAUCUUCUUCCCGUGUAUCCAUUUAUCCUACCAUAUCAAGGCCCAACCAUGUCUCCUACCAACCAGACAAUAGAUGA